CGGCCGGGAGGCGGACGAUGGGAGACAGCCGCCCGGCCAGGCCUCGCUCCGACAGGCGAGCGGCGCGCUGGACACACGAGCUGUGAGCGGCGCAGUGACGUGCCAGGUGGCACGUGUGAGUGAGCAGUGCGCCCCACGCCGCCUGCCAGUCCACGGGGAAAGACAGCGCGACGUGCUCGCCCAGCUUCCCGGCCUGGGUGCACCGCUCGUGGGAAAGAACACCGCGGAGCGUGAGCACCAGUGACGGCUGCUGGACAGGUGUCGAGUUCGCCAGUGACCUGCCCACCGACGCUGGCCGCUCCCGGGGGCCGGCGCUGACCAGAGGGGGCAGCUCGCCACGCGGCCGCCACCCCGGCCCCGGGACAGUUCAGCAUGGCCAUCUGCAGGACAGCGCUGCUGCCGCUACGGGUGAUGCUCUUCUCAUUCUACGGAGGCAUCAGCUGCGUGCUGCCGUUCGUCACGCUCCACAUGUCGACGCUGGGCCUGACGGCCGACGAGCUGAGCUGGCUGCAGUUCGUGCUGCCGUUCGUCGGCUGCGCUGGCCCAUUGCUGGGCGGCGCGCUGGCCGACCGCUGGGGCAACUACCGGCCACUGCUGGUGGCGUCGCUGCUGGUCUGCGCCGCCGCCUACCCCUGCCUGAUGCUGGUGCCGGCCGUGCGGGAGCCGGCGUCGCGACCCAGCCCGACGCUCUCCUUCCACUGCAACGACGAGGGCAGCGCGGUGGCUAGCGAGUGGUGCGGCGCCGCCUGCCAGCCGGGCGACGAUGUGCUCCGCGUCUACUACCUGGAGCGGUGCUCGUUCGAGUGCGAUCCGGGGGUGACGCUGCCGUCCGGUCUGCCACACCUCUGCCUCGAGGCCGACAACAGCACCUUCUGCGAGGUAGUGGCCGACGUCGGCGACGGCCUGGUGGUGAACGCGUCGCUGCCGCGCGUCCUGCCGCGGCCCGAGCUGCGCCAGUGCUGGUAUCCGCUGGUGGACCUGAUGUCGCGCGGCGAGCGGUACCGUGGCCUCGCCUGCCGCAGCCCGCCCGGCUGCGGCGUGCGCUGCCAGCCGCGACAGCUCACCGCCCAGGACCUGCUCUUCACCGGAGAGCGGUGCGCGGAGGACCUCGGCGACCGACGGCUCACCUUCUGGCUGUACUUCGGCCUGCGCGCGCUGACCGAGCUGUGCCUGCCGCUGGCGCUGGUGUUGAUCAACGCCACCGUGCUGCUGCUGCGCCGACGACACGACUCCGACUUCGGCUGGGAGUUCGUCUGGGGGCUGCUCGGUCUCAUGACGUUUCGCGCCAUUCUGCGGCUAUCUGAUCGACUGUUGCCAGUGCAGCCGCCGCCGACGCCGGGCGGCCGCUCCUACUCACGCCUGCUCGCCAAGAGUCUCGGCAACUUGGAGUUCUUCAGCGUGCUGUGCGUGCUGCUGCUGCUCGGCUCGCUCUGGGGCUUUCUCGAGGCGUUCCUGUACGCCCACCUACAGAGCCUGGGCGGCACCCAACUGCAGAACGGCCUGAGCCUGGUGGCCGGCGCCCUGCUGCUGGUGCCCUUCCUGCUGAAGGCCGAGCCGCUCAUAAACUACUGCGGACACCACCACAUUUUCAUCAUCGCCUUCAUCCUCUACAUCGUCCGCUACGUCAGCUACGCCUACAUCAUCGCGCCGUGGCUGGCGCUGGUGGCGGAGUCGCUGGAGAUGUUCACACUGCACCUGGCCUGGAUGGCGGCCGUCCUCUUCACCUCCGGCCAGAGCUCGCCCGCCAUCGAGGCCACCACACAAGCCGUCAUCACCGUCUGCCACUACGGCAUAGGUCGCGGUUUGGGGGCCGGCGUGGUGCGGUACCUGCUGCCGCUGACCUCCGGGUUCCUGCUGCUCUGCGCCGGCUCAGUGCUGGCGGCCGCCUCCUCUGUGCUCUACAUGCUCAUCUACUACUGCUGCCGAACGCUGCCGCCCCGCCGGCACAGCUAUGGAAGACACAAGCGGGAGAUGUACAGCAGUAGCGGCGCCAUGCUGAACGGAACGUACGCGCCACUGAAGCAGCGCCACAAUGGCGUCUGAGACGGCGCCCGAGCUCUCCAGCCGACCGGCAGAGCUCCCCAGCCGACCGGCAGAACUCCCCAGCUGACCGACAGAACUCCCCAGCCGACCGGCAGAGCUCCGCAGUUGACCGGUAGAGCUCCCCAGCCGACCGGCAGAAUUCCCCAGCCGACCGGUAGAACUCCCCAGCCGACCGGCAGGACCCUGCAGCAUAUGGGUGAAGCUCCCGCCGACCGGCAGAACUCCCCAGCCGACCGGCAGAACUCCCCAGCCGACCGGCAGAGCUCUGCAGCUAACCGGCAGAACUCCCCAGCCGACCGGCAGCGUUCCCCGCCGACGACAGAGCUCCGCAGACGCCGCUGUCCACGCAGUGAGUCAUCAGGCAGCUUGUCGCCAGCUCUGUUGCGGAAACGGCUCACACCAAGGCCACAGACCGCCGAUACCUGAAUGACUUUGGAGAAGGCAGGGUCCGUACACCGCACUGCCCAUGCCGACGACAGCUAGAGUCAGAGCCGCCAUACCACAACGUCGCACUGACCACAGCUGGAGUCGGAGUCGGAGUCGGAGUCGGCAAGCACGGUCCGACGCCGGUGCGUGCCCUGGAGGUGGCCGCUGCCCUCUGUCGCCCGGAGGCCUCCUUUGAGACAGCGCCGCCAGUGUCACCAUCUCUUGUCGGCGCCGUCCCGUGGUGACAACGCG